GUAAUAAAUGGGUUUACCAUAGUUAGGCUGUCCCAUUUAUGCAUUUUGCUGAUUGGCAUUUGUUUUAUUUUCAAUCUUCUACAGAUCAUUUCCAGGAAUAUUUGGAAAAAAAAAUUUUGGGAAAAAGCGAACCUCUUCAUGUGCUGUAAAAGGGUGUCUCAAUCCUGUCAAGUCGUUUCCAGUACAAUUUUACUUGGUCAACAAAAAGAUGGAGACAACACCUAAAGUUUCUGAUGAGCUGAAACUUCUUCAGGCAGGGAUGGGUCGGCGAACAAUCAACAUCACGGAGGAUGCUGACCAUUCAUGGCUUUCCAGAAAAUUGGAGGAUGCAUACUCUCAAUUAGCAGCCUUAAAAGGAGCAUGGAUGUUAUACAAGGCAGUUGGUGGCUCUGGACGAAGAAAAUUAUGCAUUGUACCACCUGAAGCUGACGGCUAUACAGGAGCUUACCUCAGUACAGUUGGACGUGGGAAGUCAACACUGUACAUUGUCCCUGUCCAAGGAACUAUCGAUAUGUCACCCCUUCCUUACUCUGCAAAAGAGUUUGAAAAAAUGCCCAAAGCACCUUGUCAGACAUGUUCAGUAAACAUGCCAAUCCAGUUACUGGCUGCCCAUGUAGAAAGCUGUAAAAAUGAAAGUCUUUCAAUCAGUACAUAUGAAGAGAUUGAAGACUUUCAGGAAUCAGCAGAAAGCACACAUGCCUUUGAUGUGCUUGGGGAUAAUGCCUCUGACACUCCAGAAAGUGUCAUGUCUAUGAAAGCAGAGUGUCCAAUUUGCGAGAAGAUGUUUUCAAGUGACCUGCUGGAAAUCCAUGCAAGCUACUGUGGUGAAAGAGCCUCUAAUGCAUCAAAUCCAACCACAUUGGAUGACUCAGAGUUGGUCCCAAAAAGACUGAAAACACAUACAGACACAAAAAGCAUUGCAGACAUCAUCAAAUGCCUUAAUGAAAGAGUUGAUGAAACAAGCAUCUUCAACAUUAGUGUAACAAGGGAAGAUAUACUGGAAAGGGGGCUGAAACAAUGGCAGCGCCAGAAAAAAUCAUCGCCCCGUCAUCCCCUUAGAGUUUCUUUUAUUGGGGAGCCUGGAAUCGACAGCGGAGCACUGAGGAAGGAAUUUUUAACAGACAUGGUUUCAGGUAUUGAGACACGUUUCUUUGAAGGAGGAGAGAGCGGUAAAAACCCCAAGUAUUCAAUGAUUGACGUGGAUAAACACAACUUCCAAACAAUAGGAGAAAUAUUUGCAGUCAGCAUCACACAGGGUGGACCACCACCAAACUUUUUAAUGCAGUGGUGCUACAAGUACAUGUCAAAUGGGGAAAUCGACCAGGAUGGAUUAAAUGAAAAUGAUGUUACGGACCCUGAACUUAUGGAACUCAUGAAAGAGAUUAAAGAAGCAGAUGAAACAACACUGAUGACCUACACCGACAGGAUUUUGUUGUGUGGAUACACGGGACCAAUAACCAUUCAAAAGAAGGAAGACAUCCUUCGCUCAACAGUCUUGCAUGCCACGAUGAGGUUGCUGCCUAUGCUUCAGCAGAUCUGCUCAGGAAUGAAGCUAUAUGGUCUCCUCAGCCUGGUCCAGCAGGAAAAAGACAUCUGCAGGCAACUGUUUGUGCCUGGAUCUUUUGGCAAGGUGGAUGCUGACUUUCUAGUCCAGUCACUGUCACCCGUCUUCAGUGAAAGUGGAACAAUGAAGCGUCAAAGGGAGAACAGAAUAGUCAACUUUCUUCAGGACUUUGUUCAGGACAUGGAUGAUCAGGAAGACACAACAGGAGGUGAGCAGUCUGAAGAGUUCAAAAUGGAUGCAAACCCGGAGAGAACAGAAGGGAACUUCAACAGUCAGUGGCUUAAUGUUGGCAAAUUUUGCCAGUGGCUGACUGGACAGCGUCACAUCCCAUUGAGUCCUACUGAGCGUGGGACAUUAAAAAUAGUCAUGGAAUUUGACCACGACUGCAUGUCACAUUUAACCACGUACUUGGAAUUCAAAACUGUCAUUUCACAGGCUAUUAUCCAUGGAAAUGAAUUUGGACGACACUAA